AUGCACAUUUCAAUUCAGAGGGUUGAGGUGCUUUUCACUUUCAACCCUCAGCGAUCCAUUCCGCAGCAGAUUGGCACUCAGUCUCUGAGAAGCGGAUCGAGCAGCUUUCCACGAUAUACGCCCAAAGUGGGCAACACACAGUGGAAAAAGGUCCUCAUUGUACUCAACGGAGUGUUCUCCACUGUGGAAGAGAUCCCAGAGAACCUUGUUCAUGAUCAUGAAAAAAACGGCCUGCCACGUCUCUCAUCAUUCACUCCGCAGGAAGUUACGCACAGAUUGAACACCUAUUUUAAAUUUUUCACUGUGAGAGAUCCAUUUAAGCGCCUGAUUUCUGCAUUCAAAGACAAGUUCAUAAAGAACCCACGCUCUGAGGCUUGGUAUAAGCAUGACAUAGCUCCAGCCAUUAUCCGUAAGUACCGCAAGAGCCACCGCAACAGCGACAACACCGCCUCUGGACUGCACUUUGAGGACUUUGUCCGGUACUUGGGUGACAUGGAAGGCCGCACUCGUAUGGACCGGCAGUUUGGUGACAACAUCAUCCACUGGGUUACUUACACAGAGUUAUGCGCACCGUGUGAAAUCCAGUACAGCGUGGUGGGUCACCAUGAGACACUGGAGCAAGACGCCCCCCACAUCCUCAGAGCAGCAGGCAUCGAUCAGUUGGUGUCCUAUCCGGCCAUUCCUCCAGGCAUCACCCGCUACAACAGGUCCAAGGUGGAGCACUACUUCUCAGGCAAGCGGGACAUCAGGCAUCUUUACACUCGGUACCAGGGUGACUUCCUCAUGUUUGGUUACCCAAGUCCAGAAUUUCUACUGAACUAAGCGAGCACUCCUUUCUAAAAAAAAAGCCUUGUUUUUAUGUAAAAUCCUCAGUGUAUUUGGUUUACUUAGAUAAAGGUGGCUUUCAGACAGCAGCUCUGCAGUAGAUGUGUACUGUAACUUUUUUUUUUACAUAUAUUUUGGAAUAACUCGCAGAUUGACACAAUGACAUACAUUGUUGUGUCAUAUUUGUAUUUAAAGCUACAGUGUGUCAGAUUCAGUGCCACCUAGUAGUGAGUUUACAGAUUGCAUUAUGCCAUCACCGGGAAUGAUGCUGUCUCCCUUCGCGUUUCCCUUCUUUGGUGAUGAGGAUUCACGUUCCCUUGCCUUCUCUCGUGAUAAGCAAUAUGUAUGAUCCUCCAUUUAAAAAAAAAAAAAAAAACCCGA